AUGUCUUCCUCUUUUGCUGAAGGAGACGAGAGUGUCUUCGAACGUUUGCAACAGCGAGCAGACCCCAAGGUGUUGGAAGAGCAACAGCAGGCCGUUAAUGAGCGCAUGCAAGCUAUUUACCAAAAGGCUCAGAACCGACUUGCUGAAUUGAUCGACGAAAACUCGACCUUGCCCUGCACCAUCUCCUCUGUUCAGGUCACCAGCGCACCCCAUACCCGACGAAGCUUUCUUGAACGCAACUUGAGCCCGCUUUUGAGCGCAAACAAGGGUCGGCCUUAUACACUGUCUGAAGCUUUGCGGGAAGUGUCGGCUACCGCAGAUAAACUUGGACGUUUCGAUUUAUUCCACCAGCCUAUUUCGGUUUACUUGGAUGAGUCGCAAGGCCAGAAUGGCAUGCGCAACAUCGAUGUCCAUCUGGCAACGCGGGAGAAGUCCCGCGUGCUGAUGAAGACCGGAACAGACUUGGGCAACGCUGAGGGUUCAGCUUACGGUAACCUUCUCUGGCGCAAUGUCUUCGGUGGCGCCGAGACUUUGAACUUGAACGCUUCGCUCGGUACCCGGACACGGUCCGCUUACCAGGCUGCAUUUGAGACUCCGAUCUUGGGUGAUCCCGAUUUCCGCCUAGAAAUUGGUGGUAUUGCAAGCGCCACCCAGAAGUCCUGGGCGAGCCACGAGGAGGUUCUCAAAGGUCACUGGCCUUGCGGAGAACGCCUCCCUACCGUCCGCGCAGACGCAGGUGACAGCAUGAAGAGCAGCAUUUUCCAUAGCUGGGUUAAUGACCAGCGGGACAAUGCCCUUCUGCCAUCUCGCGGUUACUAUGCCAAGGCCUUCAACGAGCUGGCCGGGUUUGGCCCGCUCAAGGGCGAUGUCUCUUUUUGGAAGUCGGAAAUUGAGACACAAGGUGCAGUCCCUAUUCCCAUCCCAGGAAUUAAGGGUGACAGCGGCGUCAGCCUCACCACUGGAUUCCGUGCCGGUCUUCUCUACCCACUUGGACUGGGGUCCAACCCCCGUCCUCAACUUUCCCGUGUCAAUGACCGCUUCCAGCUCGGAGGACCUACUGAUGUCCGUGGAUUCCGUCUCUGCGGUCUUGGUCCCCGGGAAGGCGUUGAUUCACUUGGCGGCGAUGUGUACGCUGCCGGAAGCGCCAAUCUGCUGUUUCCGCUUCCCCGACUUGGUGCUGAGAAACCCGUGCGGUUCCAGGCCUUCCUGAACGGUGGCCGCUUGCUUUCUCUGCAAACCUCACAGAAAGCCACUCCUACUACUAAUGGCGAGGUGCAGAAUGCCCUGAUGUCAACUCUCUCUGAACUACAAAGCGGACUGCCCAGUGUCGCAGCUGGCUUCGGUAUUGUGUAUGCUCACCCUGUCGCUCGCUUCGAGCUUAACUUUUCCUUGCCUCUGGCAUUGCGAAAGGGCGAAGAAGGCCGCAAAGGGCUCCAGCUGGGCAUCGGUAUCAAUUUCCUGUAA